CAACGGUAAAUUUAUUUUACGCGCAUACAUGAAUGAAACAUACUGCCCCAGGCGUAGUUUAGUAAAGCAAUGCAAAGCUAACAACGUUCUGUGUGUGUAUAUGUAUUUCUAGUGCCCGUGUAUUUAGCGAUUUAGGGACCCUAUGAUGUCUAGAACCGGGACCUACAGAAUUCUCUUGUUCUUCUUGCUGUUAUUUAUUCGUGGUACCGUCACUCAGGAUGAGUCCCUAGCGGGUAGUUUUUUUUCAGGCCUCCUUGAUACAAUAACUAGCACAGCAGAUUCAAAAGACUGUCCAGGUGUAUGCGUACAUGCCCUAGCAACAAUUAUUUGUUAUGAUGUCCUGGAAGACGUGGCUUGUCCGUCACCUUCAAUGAAAUGUUGCACUGAUUCGCCAAGGAACGACACAACUGAUGAUGCUAAUAUUACGACAAAGUAUGAAAUCACUACUAUGCCAACGACUACCACAGCGUUGAGUACUACUACCGCAACUACCACCACACCAAGAACAACGAUUCAAACAACAACCAGUCAGACAGCAUUAAACAAGCAUUCCAAUUCCACCAGCAAAGACGAUGGUGCCAAAGAAUGUCAAGAAAAACGCGGAGUAUGCGUAGCUGAGAGAGUAGCAGACUACUGCGAGGCUAUCCUUAAUAAACCAAGUCUUUGCCAUCCAGGACUAAAAUGUUGCGUAUCCAGUGAUGCUUAUGGAGAUACUCCACCACCAGAACUCAUAGUUCCCAGCAAAACCAAAACUAAUCCAACCAAACUUGAAACUAAAACGACACCAAAGAGUACAACUACUUCGACUACUAGUAUGACGUCUACAACCCAAAGAACAACCCAGUCGCAUAAUUUAAAAAUUAACAAUGGAAUCACGACUAAUAGACCUCAGGUUUUUCAAAAGCAAUGCAGUGGUGAGUGUGUCACUGGACUUUUUGCCAUAUUUUGUGAUGAUGUCGAUACAGAGGCAGUUUGCGAAAAUAAAGGAAGUUGUUGCAUUGCAGCUCCGCUGGAAGAACCAGUAACACGACAACCAAUCCGUACAACUACAACAUUCCGUCCAACAACCAGAGACCCAGGACCAUCAUGCCCAGGAUUUUGUCUUUUAAAUAUCAUGGCCGCCUUCUGCGAGCGACCUUCUGUAUUAAUUCCUCAUACGUCAAACUGCAAGAAAGGUUCUGUUUGCUGCGACAAUACAAGAAGCAGUUACACUUCAAAGCCGAAGCCUGAAAAACCACAUACUACUACUACAACCACUACAAUGGAUCCUAGACCUGACUGUCCCGGCUCCUGUAUUGUUUCCUAUUUAAGUUUCACCUGCUUUAGAAAUGCUGAAAUGACCGAAAUUUUUAAAUGCAGAAAAGCAAGUACAAAAUGCUGUGCCUCAAAAUCAUUAAUAAAAGAGGCUUUGGGCCAGAAAGAUGAGCCUGCGAGUAAAGAACCUUCUACAGUUGGUCCAAACCCUCCCCAGUUUACCGUUCAUUCUGUUCCUGUUCAAACUACUACUGAUAGUCCAAAACCAGUUGCAACCACACAAAGAGCACAGGUCUAUAGCAAGUACGUUUGCGGAGUAAAAGGUACUUCAAGAAUGGGCAGAGUGGUGGGAGGAGAAGAUGGAGAUCAAGGAGAAUGGUGCUGGCAAGUGGCUCUUAUUAAUAGCCUUAAUCAAUAUCUUUGCGGAGCAGCACUUAUUGGAACUCAAUGGGUACUUACUGCCGCGCAUUGUGUAACAAAUAUCGUUCGAUCGGGAGACGCAAUCUACGUUCGGGUGGGUGAUCAUGACCUAACUAAAAAAUAUGGCAGUCCCGGCGCACAAACGUUACGAGUAGCCACUACUUACAUUCACCAUAACCACAAUAGUCAGACAUUGGACAAUGAUAUUGCCCUAUUAAAACUUCACGGUCAAGCUGAACUCAAAGAUGGGGUAUGCCUGGUAUGCUUACCGGCUAGAGGAGUUAGCCACGCUGCUGGGAAAAGAUGCACGGUUACAGGCUAUGGAUACAUGGGCGAAGCUGGUCCUAUACCACUAAGAGUAAGAGAAGCUGAACUACCUAUUGUAAGUGACGCAGAAUGUAUCAGAAAAGUCAACGCGGUUACUGAAAAAAUUUUUAUCCUACCUGCUAGUAGUUUUUGCGCAGGUGGAGAGGAGGGCAACGACGCAUGUCAGGGUGAUGGCGGCGGUCCUUUAGUAUGUCAGGACGACGGUUUUUACGAACUGGCCGGCCUUGUUUCCUGGGGAUUUGGAUGCGGCAGAGUGGAUGUACCAGGCGUCUACGUGAAAGUUUCUUCCUUUAUUGGUUGGAUAAAUCAAAUCAUCAGCGUCAAUAAUUUGUAAUUUCUUAUAUAAAUGUUUUUGUAACAUUUGGGGUUUGAUAUUUCACAUAGCAACUGUCGCGACUUUUUCAUCGCGGUUGUCGCUGUAUUAAAUAAAAAUAGAUUUUCAUAGUUCUUAGGGCUUUCAUUAGAUGACAGUGUAAGCCGGGAACUAUUAUUUGAGGAUCUCUGUAUCGAUUUGAUACAGAAAUAUAGGUGUAUGGCAAUUUAUCAGUUAGCUAUUACACUUGGCUUAAAUUGUACAUAUUUUUAUUAAUAUAUAGGAAUAAUUUAUUUUAAUUUGUCUCAGUAUAGAUUGGCUAGUUUUAGAUAUUGUUACCAAAUAAGGGGAAGGUGAUAAUUUUAGGUAUUAUAUUUAAAUGUAGCACGAAUAUUGGAUUCUUCCUAGAAUUGUUGUAUUUAAUAAGACGUUAAAAAUAUUAAAAAAUCAGUUAUGAAAC